AACCAAAAGACCCCAUCAAAGUUGAUCUGGAUUUUAAAAUUACUGGGAGAAAGUGCACUAGCUCUACAGAAACAGAGCUUGCGAGUGCUUGUGACAAAAAAAGUAUUGACUUCUGCAACCAAAACGUUUCUGACUACAAAGAACAGGUAUAUAGUAUUGAAUGUGAAAAAAAGAGUAAUAUUCAGAUUUCAAGGCAAAAAAGCAGAUCUAAAUGCAAUUUGGUUAGCAGCAUUUCACAUCAAAGCGAACUACCUUCAAAAUAUACCCUUCCAAAGGGUGAUCCUGCAUUUUCCAAACUACAAAAAGCUACCAGGAUUCUUGGUUCAAACUUAGAAGCAAAAGUCAAUAAAAAAGAUGAGCGCUCUGCCGCAGUAAGAUCUGCAGGUCCAAAUUUAACUUCUGAGAGGAGAGAAUGCUAUUACGCAAACCCACACGGAAUGAUUAUGGAUAAGCCAAAAUCGAGUGGGCCUUGCCCACAACCAUAUGUGAGCAGAAGAAAGCCUUAUGGUACUCCCACCGCUUUACUUGAUGAGGUUACUGACACAAAUAGCUCACGCUCAGAUCUUGACUCUGGUGUUUCAUCUUCUGUAGAAAUAGACCAUCUGAUUGCUAAGCUAGCUGCUGUAUUGCCAUCACCACCAAUCAGCUCUCCAGGAGCUAAAAAUAAUUCGAUUCCUAAAGCUUGUUCUCCAUACCAAGUAGGAGAGGGCGAUUACUCUGAUGUGCGUAAGCAGAUUUCAGCUGAGAAAAUCCCAAUAAUUGGUGGCAUUACAUCUGGCGAGGCAAGCGCUGGUAUGGAGGAUGAA